GUUUGGUUCGUGGUUCACAGUUGAAUUGUAAACGUAUACUGAUUGUAAACAAUUUAGCUAAUGAUGAUGAUGAUGAUGAUAGGAAAAUAAUACUUGAUAAUGUAAACAGUUUUCUUAUAAAUUUCCUCAGAAAUUAGAUUUUAUCAAUUCCUGGAAACCAAUUAACUCCCUCAACAACUCACUAAAUCUUUAUGAUUAUUUAGUUGGAAAAAUUUUCUCUCUCAUUAUCUUUAAAUCAUCUGAAUGAAUAUUUACACAGCCUUAUCUCACUAAUAACUAUCAAGUAAAUAUUAAUUACUCGAAACUGAGAUUCUUCAGUUGGUUAAUUAAUCAUAAUCAGCGAUUUCCAAUCGUUCACAAUUAACAGCAAUUUACUUACGAAUGAGGUGUUUGCGCAUGCGCCGAGUUUUCAACAGCUGAUAAACCAAAACAAAAAUUUUCUCAAAACAUUUUGAUUGUUUUGAUUUCCAACAAAUUGAUUAAUCAAUUUUACUUUAAUUGUUUCUUUUUUAAAUAACCGAAUAUUUUCAUUUAAGUGGACCAGGAUUCAUAAUGUCGGAAAGAAAAGUGUUAAAUAAAUAUUAUCCACCUGAUUUCGAUCCUAGUAAAGUUCCUCGACUCCGUCAACCGAAGACCCGACAAUAUACUGUUCGAAUCAUGGUUCCCUUUAAUAUGCAAUGUAACACUUGCGGUGAUUAUAUCGCAAAAGCGAAAAAGUUUAAUGCUCGAAAGGAAACCAUCGAGAACGAAGAGUAUAUUGGAUUGAAAAUUUUUCGAUUCUAUUUCAAGUGUCCCGUUUGUAUGGCAGAGAUCACCUUUAAAACGGAUCCCAAGAAUUGUGAUUAUGAAUUGGAACACGGAGCCACCCGAAAUUUUCAGGCUCUUCGAUUAUCUGAACAACAAGCUCUCCAAGAAGCAAAAGAAAAGGAAGAAGAGCAAAAAUUGAAUCCAAUCAAAUUACUCGAGGAGAGAACUAAAAAUUCCCGUCGAGAGAUGGAAGAAUUGGAGGAAUUGGAAGAAUUGAAAGACGCAAGUGAUAAAAAAACGGUGGUUGAUUUCGAGAAAAUCUUAGCCGAUAAAAGAGAAGAGGCAAAAGAAGCCGCCAAGAGACAAGCGGAGAAAGAGAAAGAGGAAGAUGAAGCUUCUUUCAAAAGCAUAAUGGCGGCGAAAGCAUCAACAUCCCAACCAACUACAACGACAUCAUCAUUAUCAUCAGCAUUUUCUACAUCCUUCAAACGGAAUCCAACUAAUCCAAAACAAUCAUUGAAACGAAAAUUAUCAAAUCUAAUCAAAGUAAAAGAGACUGACCAACCCUCGAGUAAAAAGACAACCUGAUCUACUUUCUCAUCUAAUUCUUAUUUAAGUUACUAAAUGAAUAAGACAGUUGAUCAAUUUCAGAUCAAUUUGUAUUCCUAAUCAAUUACAAUUGUAUCUAUACGAUUCAGACUCAAUUAAAAAGUUUAAUUUUUCCGUGAAA